UAAAUAUAGAAAUAAAUAUGGUCAUGAUUCGAAAGGGGCACAUAUAUGUAGUCUAUACCCAGUACAUCUCAAAAGCAGUCCAUCACUUGAUUUAAAUCGGCUCGGUUGUUGGUAUUAAAAAUUCAGUUGCAAAAACAGUACCGCCUAGCUGCAAAUUUUCUUCCUUCACCUGCAUAAGUUUUUAAAGUGUCUACAGGAUGUGUUCAGUGAUUUCCAAAAUUUGGCUCUUCGUUUUCAAUUCCAUCUUCUUUUUUGGAGGCGUAGUAUUGUGUACAUUUGGUGGCUUGAUACUAGCUUUUCGUCACAAAGCAAAUACUGCUGCUACAAAUGUCGAUGAUAUAUGGACAAUCGGGAUAGUACUCAUAGUGCUUGGUGUCAUCGUCAUGCUCGUUACAUUCUUGGGAUGUUUUGGUGCAACUUUAGACAAUAAAUCUAUGCUUCUUACGUUCGCCAUACUUCUGACAUUGAUCGUGGUGGCCCAAAUUGGUAUUGGAAUUUAUGUUGGGGUGCAGAAGAAUUUUUCAGAAAAAUUGACGCAAGGUUUUAUUCAUACGAAUUGGAAUCAUGUAAUUCAUAAGGAUCAUAUCGAUUGGUGCCAGGAAACGUUUGAAUGCUGUGGCUAUAUAGAUUAUACUGAAUACAGGAAUAACACAAAUCUUAUAUUACCAUCGACUUGUUGCAAAGGCCAUGAAAAGGACCACAAAUACAUGUGUCCUGUGAAAGAUGCGUACAUGAAAGGAUGUAAACAAGCUUUUUCGCAAUUUUUGAAGCAAAAUCGUGGUAUUAUCAUCGGCGUUCUCUGUGGUUUUGCCUUAUUCCAAAUCAUCGGCAUUGUCUUUUCAUGCGUUUUAGUCAGCAAAGCCAACAGGCACUACUAAUCCAUGGUUCAAUCGAUUCUUUACCGUCACGAAGAUCGUGAACCCAAUGACUCUAUCAAAUGAAAUAGAUGAAAACCUUUGUCCAACGAGUUGGAAACUUCAAAUUUACAGUAAAAAUGUUUCAAAUCUUACAGUUAAUGAAAUCGGACGAAAAAAUUUACGUCGACUAGUGUUUUCUGUACAAUUAAUAGACAUACAAAUAAGUGAAUUAAAUAAAUAAAAAUACAUAAUGAUACUAUAGUAACAGAAAAAUGUUACUUUCAUUUCAUCCGGCUUCAAAUGGGUACACAUUGGUCAUUACGCAAUAACUCAUUUCGUUUUGAGCUCAACGGGAGCAAACAUUUUUUAAUGUUGA